AUGUCGAGGGAAUUAGAAGAAUGCGUAAAAUUAUUUAAAGAUUUAAUUUGUUGUUAUAAUAACAUUAAUGAAAAAGAAUUAAUAGAAGGAACAAAUAAUGAUUUAGAUAGCAUGCUAAAUUUGAAUGAGGAUAUAAGUAUUCCAACUGUUUGUGAUAUAAAUAAAUGUAAGGAGAUUUUAUCUAAAUUAAAAUUAUUAGUAAUUCAUUUACCUUCACUUAAUCCUUUAAUAUCCAUUGGAGAAAAAGAUAUAAGAGAAUUAUUAAUAGUAAGAGAAAUAUUAGAAAAAGGUGUUAUUAUAUCUAUAAGAGAUAAUGAUAUAAAAUCUUUUAAUAUAUAUAUAGCUCAAUUAUUUAUAUAUUAUUUUGAUUAUAAGGAUAUAUUACAAAAAAGUAAGAAACAAAAUGCUAUCAUUGGUUUGUAUUUAUUAUAUUUAUUAGCAUAUAAUUCUAUAGGAGAUUUUCAUAUGACCUUAGAAAUAUUAUCAUUAGAAGAUCACAAUGAUAUAUAUAUUAAAUAUGUAUUAACCUUAGAACAAAAUAUAAUGGAUGGAUUUUUUCAUCAUGUAUUAACAAGAAAAGAAGACAUUCCUUUAUAUUUAUAUGAAUCUUUUAUGCAAAAAUUAUAUACAACCAUUAGAUUUAAAUUAAUUGAUUGUAUUUUGGCUUCCACUACUUCAAUACAUGUAUUAUAUACAUGUGAAUUAUUAAAAUUUUCAAACGAACAAAAUUUAUAUGAUUUUAUUAUUCAAUAUAAUGAAACAAAAAAUAAUCAAGGGGAAUACAAUUCUGUUUGUGAAAUUAAAAAUAAUUAUGUCGUCUGUAAAAAUCAAAUGGUUUCUAUGCAAGAAUUACCAUCAUUGGAAAUAAUUAAUAAUUCUAUAGGAUAUGCUACAGAACUUGAGAGAAUAGUAUAG